UAAUCUGUCGGCGGCUUGUUUAAAGGUUGUCCAUCUGGCCAAUCAGCGCACAGUAGGAGGCACUGUGGUUAGAAACUAAAACUCUGCGUUGGAAGGAAUCAAAUAAAUUCGCCCUGUGUCCCGAGGUGAAUAAACAGCCUAGAGCGAAGAGAGAUAACUGCAUUCAGAAAAGUCCUGUCUGCAGUGUGUGCUAAUGAGACGAGCACGCUGAGGUCAGGAGGUGUGUAAGUCAGACGCUGGAGGCUGGGGACAGACAUGGCUGGGUUUCUGGAUAAUGUACGCUGGCCAGAGUGCGAGUGCAUCGACUGGUCAGAGAAGAGGAACACGGUGGCCUCCAUCGUGGCUGGUAUUCUGUUUUUCACAGGAUGGUGGGUUAUAAUCGAUGCUGCUGUGCGUUACCCCAGUUCGGAGGAUCUAAAUCACGCUUUUCACGCAUGUGGGGUUUUCGCUACGGUGGCGUUUUUCAUGAUUAAUGCUGUGUCAAAUGCUCAUAUCCAUGGGGACAUGUAUGGAGAGAGCUGUCUCGGGAGGACAGGCGCUCGUCUUUGGAUCUUCCUCGGCUUCCUGAUCAUGUUCAUGUCUCUCAUCGCCUCUAUCGGGAUCUUAUUUGGAGCUUUUGUUUCACCGGGGCAUCCUGUGUCUCCUAGAUUGUCUGUGUUCUUCCAGAACUUGUUCAUAUUUUUCAGAAAGCUGAAGCAGCGAUCAGGCCAGCAGUGUGGUCAAUAAAAUGCAGCGAGAGAAAAACAACAACAACUCAAUAGUAGCCUAUGCAAAUAGAGGACAUUAAGGGGGAAAUUGCAUGUGAUGCCUGUUUCUAAGAUUGUUUCUGUUGACAGAAACAAUCUGUCAUGGUUACAUCUGACGUAUGUCAUUUUCCACUAUAUAUAGAGUUCUGAAACAGUAGGGUUUCCUGAACUGAAAUUCACUUUUUCUUGUGUCUAGCAUUUUAAAAUCUGGUUAAUUUACAUUUAAUAUACCAUGUAAUAAAUAACAAAUAAUCAUAAAUAAAUAUUGAUAUACCAAUGAGAAGCAUGGAAAUAAAAUCUAUGCUGAUCUUUCUAGCAGUCUUUAUUGUUGGCGUACUGACUGAUAUACCGUAAUUUUCGGACUAUUGAGCGCACCUGAAUAUAAGCCUCACCCACUAACUUUAAAAAGAAAAACAUUUUUGUACAUAUAUAGGCUGCACUUGUCUAUAAGCUGCAAGUGUCCACGUUGUAACAUGAGAUAUUUACACAGAUGUUACACAAAGAUUUUUUUUUUACUUUUAAUUAAAUACGUAGCGUAAAUGCUUUUUUCCAAACAGUGCCUGUAACACGGCUGGUUAAAAAAAUAAAAAAUACAGUUGCCUACCAGGAAAAGUCAUUGAUCGCUAUCUUCAUCUUCCUCCUGCGCACUAAAACCACUAAAGUCAUCUUCUUUAGUGUCGGAAUUGAACAGCCUCAGAAUUACCGGUACGUCGUGCAGCAGCUCUAUUUCCUUCUUCGACAGCCAGCUGCAUCAUAAGCAUUUCUUCGUGUGUUUUCCAUGAUGAGGGUGUGUGCAUGAAGCGCAAAAUGACUGAUCUGAAGGAUUUAGUGUGAGUGCGUUUGAUUUAAUUCACUCACAGUUUCACUGGUCCACUGUGACCUGUUCGGUAAUUUCAUUGGUCUGAUGUAGUGAGGCUAAAUGUUUUGGCGGCAUGGAGUUCGUUAGCCCGUAAAAAUCCAUAAAUUAGCCACAUCAUUGUUUAAGCCGCAGUGUUCAAAGCGUGUGAAAAUAGUAGCGGCUUAUAGUCCAGAAAUUACAGUAAAUAUAAUGACUAUUCAGAGGUCCUGCCCAUUCAGUAGUUAUUAAUAAUAAUAAUAAUCCAUGUGAGCAGUGGUGGCUUGUCCAUAGUCCCAUUUAUAUCAGCCGAUCAACAGAUUUGAAUUUUAAUAAAAGCCUUAUUCACAACUCCAUGCAUUUUAAAUUCUAUUGAAAUAAUAAUUACCCCUUUUGAGUAAGCAAUUUUUUUUUUUUUAAAGAACUAUAGCUACUUGACAGAUAUAAGCCAAUGUUCCAUUGAUUUGCUGGCCUUUCUAGGGGAGCGUCCAUGCACCCAGAGGUAAAAAUGGUAACUGCAACGAUGAAAAUGAAGACAGUGUGUCUAUUGUAAGCUAUAUUGCAAAGAUUGGGAAAAGGAAAGUUUGGAGUGGACACAUCUUAAACAUGUCAAAUACUUGUUUCCUUACACAAAGGCUGAGAAAAAGAAGAAAAAUGUUUCCCUUUUUCAAUGCCCGAUUUAUUUAUAUUUUUUUGGGAAUGUCUUUUGUGUGACACUUGAAAUGUAGUUGAUCUGGAAAUUUUGCUGAAACCUGGCAACCCACAGUUGAAGAAAUGAGCUGCUAGACUGUACGUCAGUUGACUGUGUAUUAUCAUCUCUCAACUGCCUAGUCAAGCCAAGUGGGUUUUCAUUGUCAUUCCUCUAUAUAGCUUGUAUACAUUGGAACGAAAUGACAUUUCUUCAGGGCCAUGAUGCGAAAUGGAAGAGUACGCAAGACUACAUAAAGUGCAAAUGCACAACAGUGUGAGACGAGUGCUAAACAAUAAAUACACAGAACAAAACAAUAAAUACAAGGACAAUAGAUGCACAGAACAUGGACUGUAAACUGUAACUUGGACUGUAACUAAGCUAUUGUUUAAUAUAGCAGCAAUACUGGCAGAAAAAACUAAUUCCAUAAUAUAGGAUUACUUUAAGUAUUCACUGGAUAGUAGCCUAUAGCAUAAGUCAAGUAUGAUAGCCUUUCGACCUAAAGCUUUUUGAGGCUAUGUCAUUAUUAAUGUCGUUCAGCCCCGCCAAAUUCUCCAAUCACAAGCCUCUGCUUCUGCACUUUUUCUUAUUUCCACCUACCUGCAAUAGUUUCUGACAAACUUAAGAGGGAGGCACCGGACAUGCUGUCUCUCCCCUGUCAAUCACAACAACAGUUUCCACCCAACAGCCAGCACUCUAUAUCACACAACAGCUAGCAAUUUUGGAGGGGGAGUGCUAACAUACACUAGAUCACGGGCGUCUGUGAGCUCAUGUAUGUAAUAAAGGGCAGAUGGCACUUUUCGCUGAGGUGUUAUGCUUCCCUGUGAUUUAGCAUGAGCAGCAGAUAGAAAAUAAAUUUUUGGCUUUACCUGUCUCAGGAAGCAUGUAUUAGCAUCCCCCUCCCCAGCUGGUGGCAGUUGUGUGAUAUAGAGAGCUGGCUGGUGGGUGGAAACUGCCAGGUGACCGAAUUCAGGAGAAACAACAUUUGUAGAUUAUAGGAGUCAUUAUGUUUUACAUCAAACUAUUUUAAGUUGGAAUUAUCUUAACCUGAUUUAAUAUUAUGUUGAGCAGACAGGCUGUAUCAGGCAAAAGCCCUGCAUUGGGAAAUCAAUCCUUACUUUAAUUAUCAGCAUCAUCCACAUCAGCUUCUGUCUCAUUGCUUGAGGAAAAAGCACAAGCCUCUUCAUCGUCUCUUCACUCCACUGAUCUCUGUGCACUCAAACAGUAAUAAUAGCUCAUUAAUUUAGUCAGUUUGAUUCUGUUGGCCCUUAUUCUUUAUUUAGGUAAUUGAAACAUAUUUAAAUAUUUAGUUAUGGUGAAGUAUAUUAUGGUUUCUUAAAGUACAGAUUUCAUUACAUUUAUGGCAUUUGGCAGACGCCCUUAUGCAGAGUGACUCACAUUUGUAUCAUUUAUACAUCUGAGCAGUUGAGGGUUAAGGGCCUUGCUCAAGAGACCAGUAGUGGCAACUUGGUACUGGUUGCUGGGACCUUCUGCUAUGUGGUCUAAUGUCUUAACCACUGAGCUACCACUGCCCAAAUGGUACAUCCCUGACCUGUGCUGCGGCAGUGAGAGCACCGAAUCCUAACCGUUAGACCACCAGGGAGAUCAAAGUAUUAAAUUAUAAGAAAAAAAAAAUUGGGUCUCUUCAUUUUUUCUAGAGUUCAGCCAUAGUGACCUCAGGUGGGUUUUCCCAGACUGCAAUUUUGCUGUAAUCAAAGGCAGAAGAACUUAAUCAUUAGCUUAAAAGCUUGUAUAAAGGGGCUGAAAAGUAUUAGCUUAUGAAGGCCACAAACCUGAAUAUUCUCAACAGAGCUAUUUUCACAAAAACAAAAAUCCAAAAUCGUUAAACCUGGGGGACGAAACAGAAUUAGCUGUAAGAUUUGAUACUAGAGACGAGAAGCCAAGUUAAAACAGUGAUCUGAAGACAGUGAUCAGUGGGUGAAGGCUUUCAGUUUUAUUUAUGUUAAAUGAGACUGUAUGGAGGCAGCAUGGUGGCAUAGCAGGUUCGAUCCUGAGAUCGGCUUACUUUCUGUCUGACGUUUUGCAUGUUGUCCCCAUGUCUAUAGGUGGAUUGGCUAUCCUAAAUUGCCCCAAGGUGCGAAUGAAUGUGUGUGUGUACAUGGUGCCCUUUAAUCGACUGGCAUCCCAUCUAGUGUAUUCCCACCCAGUGUUCCCGGAAUAGGUUUCAGAUCUAUUGCCACCAUGCCCAGGGUAAAGUGCAGAUAACCCCCUGCAGUUUGAGUUUACCUUAGCUAUUUGCCCAGGAGCUUUUUAAGCUUACCAGUCAUUUGGCUGUCAGCUGAAUAAAACCGAAAGGCCUAAUGCACGAGUGGCUGCGUGUCUUAAGUGGGAGUUAAAACUUUUGUAAUACCUUCUGUUCGCACCAGGGAAUUGCUUUGCAGAUUCUCACUUCAUUUACUACUCGUACCUGAGCCACAGCCUCAGUAUAUUUACUGAACUCUUUAUUAAACAGUCCUACCAUCUCUGUAGCUGUACAGUUAGAGACAUAAAGCUCAUUAUUUUUCUCCAUACAGUGUGUGUGUGUGUGUGUGUGUGUGUGUGUGUGUGUGUGUGUGUCUUACUGUAGCCUUCAUCAAUGUC